AUGGCUGACGAAUACAACGCCGAGGAGGCCGCCGAGAUCAAGAAGAGAAGAGCUUUCCGCAAGUUCUCCUACCGCGGAAUUGACCUUGACAACCUCCUCGACCUCUCCUCCGACCAGCUACGCGAUGUCGUUCACGCCCGCGCCCGCCGCAGGAUCAACCGCGGCCUGAAGCGCCGCCCCAUGGGUCUCAUCAAGAAGCUCCGCAAGGCCAAGCAGGAGGCCAGGCCCAACGAGAAGCCCGACCCCGUCAAGACCCACCUCCGUGACAUGAUUGUCGUCCCUGAGAUGAUUGGCAGCGUCAUCUCCAUCUACUCGGGCAAGGAGUUCAACCAGGUAGAGAUCAAGCCCGAGAUGGUUGGUCACUACCUGGCUGAGUUCUCUAUCUCAUACCGCCCCGUCAAGCACGGUCGUCCUGGUAUUGGUGCUACGCACUCUUCGCGUUUCAUUCCCCUCAAGUAA